UGGUUUUUACGCCCAUUUGAAAUGUUCAUGUCGAAGUGCGUCUUUUCUGGUUAUGCAAAAUCGAAGCUUCACUGUGCUGUAUUAAAUAUCAAAGACAAUCGUAAUUAGACCAUUGGCCCUCUUUUUGUUUUGUUUAUUGUCUUUUUUAUGUUUUAAGCUAGAUUUAUUUGCAAUAUGCGUUAAAAAAUUUUACAGCAAAGUACAUAAAAAGCGUAUGAUAUAUACAAAUAAAUAGUAUUGUGUGAUGAUAGUAUUAAUUUUUUACUGUCAGCUUAGCUAGCUUACAUGUUGGUGCGUAUAUCUGUGGUACAACGUCAAACAAACCAGCGCGUAUGUUCUUGCUCUGUUUAAUACACCAAUACCUUACGUUGAUUGGGAAGUACAUUCUAAUGAUUUUUCGUAAUUUGAGUCUCUAAAAAUACCGUGUCAGUUAUUUUAAUUAUCGUAUUUAACAAUGGCUAAAACUAAAGCUAUUGGUGAGUCUGAAAAUGAAGACAAAACAACAGUCGUAGGAGCAACGGCCUCAUCCAGCAAUUUAGGAACAUCUAUUUCACAGGAUAAUGAUAAUAUCUCAACACGCGUUGGGUCCAGAACUAAGAAAGCAAAAGUUGUAUUCGAUCCAUCAGAUCAUUAUAUACCGCGCAAACGUCUCCGUAAACCUGAAACGAGCUCAUUAGAAAAUCCUGUGGUCAUGAUGCCUGGUAAACCGGAGACGAUAGGCUUGCAAUCACCUGUGAAACCAGCCAGAAAUACGGAUAAUGGAGCUAGCGAUGUUGCUAAACCACGUUUAUCAUUAAGCCCAUUAGUGUCAACGAAAACAAGUAACUAUAAACCAAAAGUUUUUGGUUCUAUGUCGCCAGAGAGCGGACGUUUAGUAGGAUCAUCGUGUGGCAACGUUUCACUUAUUACAACCCAGAAGCAGGAAUUCAAACGAGAACCUAUUUGCGAUAUGUGCCACAAGAUAGGACAACUCAGAAGAGGAUUCAAAUUGAUUGAUUGUUCCAGUUGUGCUUUCAGAGCUCACUCAAAAUGUCUUCGUGCUCAUCCGGUAUAUUCAAAAUUUCCUAUUCAACUUAAUUUUCGAUGCUUUCAAUGCAUUGAAUGUGUUGUAUGUGGAAAAUCGUUGCGCGGUGGAAAUUUGCUUUUCUGUUGUGAUUGUCAAAAUGCAUUUCACCAGAAUUGUCAUGGCCCAACGAAAUUGGAUAAAAGCCCUAAUGGACCAUGGAUUUGCAAGCGUUGUACAUGUGAAAACGUAGAUGAACAACUAUCAACACGAUCCCAAGAAAAACAACCCGCUGUGAUUUUACGCCAAGAGCCAUUGGAAAUCGUUGACGAUGAAGCACAUCAGGAGUUUGCUGGUUUUAGUGACAAUGAAAUUAGGAAGGAUUCGUUCUCACUUUCAGAUGGUACUAUAAAUGAAAGCAGUAGUCAAAUGAAAAAGGAAGAGGAUGAAAUUCUACAAAGUAAUUCGGAAGACGAUAGCCAUGUCAAUACUAACAAUUAUGAAAGUGAAAAAGAGAAGUUAGAUGCUCGUCUUGACAAUUUUGAGAACUUGCAAAAUUGGUCUUGUGAAGAUGUAUUCCGAUAUUUCAAACAUUAUUUCCCGGAACAUGCACAUCUUUUCAAAGAACAAGAGAUUGAUGGUCCAUCAUUAGUACUAAUGAGAAAAUCCGACGUUCUCAACGGAUUUGGAAUAAAGCUAGGACCCGCUAUAAAUCUGUAUCAACGAAUCGUUAUGAUGCAGAACAACGAUAGGGAUUUCCGUCUUACUUGGAUAUAAGCUUGUAUUUUAAUUAUAUUACAUCUAAUCUGUCGCAUUCAGCAUAAUUGUUUUAUUUCCUUUGAAAAUUUUAUAUUAGUAGAACAAUUACGCAUGUUAUAGCUAUCAGAAAGCCUUGUAUCAGACCAUGUAAACUAAGUACUUCAAGUCACUUGUAAAAUAAAACAAUUUUAAAGUGGUCUAAUUGCGUUUAAAUUAGAUUUGAGUUAAAUCCCAUACUCGAUUCGGUUACAUAACACAAUCAA